ACUUUGGAAGGACGCACGCUGAUUGGCAAGUUGGCUUUUUAGGAAACUGCAAAAAUGAACGAAGACUUUAAAGUGCGGAAAGGAUCCCUGUUUAUGAUAGAGCAGACAAAUCCGACACUGCUCAAAAUGAAAAAUACCAGUUUCGACUCAUUCGAUAAUAGUGUCAUAGAAGAGGAGGACGAGUCGGAAUUGGCAGAGCUGCCUGAGCUGACGAAGGACAACGUUGAAAAGUAUAUCCAGCGUUCCAUUACCCCCCCGCCGAUGUAUGCGACUGCGGUGACUGGCAAUGAAGAUGAACAAAAGCCCAAGGGACCCGCCGCCAAGCUUUGGGACAUUUUCCGUAUCACUUCUCCGGACAAGGAAGAACUCUCAGAGAGCUGGUGCCUAGAGGUAACCAAGCGGGUCUGCAAGGUGAUCGUAUACUGGCUCCUCCUCUUCUUCAUCCUCGGGUCGACCGUCAUCCAUAAAAUCACGCUUAUGAUCUCGGUGGCCCAGUCGAGGACAGAAAGGUGGAUAACUUGCGACGUUGAGCAGUAUGGGAAUGAGGUUGAGCAGUCUGGGAAUACGACAAACUCUACAGUGGUUAACAACGGCACCUAUUUGACGGAUUGCAAAGUAGAAGAAGGGGUUAACAGAAGCACCAUCGUGACGGAUAGGGUUCUCUGUGGUGAGGUCUCCGUGAGAUGGAUAUGGGGACUUGCAGUCACCAUGUGUUUUCCCUAUCUUCUAACUUUCAUGCAGUGUCUAUUCAAGGUUCUCUUCAAGAAAACGCUGUGGCCAAGUGUGGGGACUUUCUUUGCGGUUCUUGUUGUGGAAACGUGUCACUCAGUUGGACUGUUCAUCUUCGUCUUCCUCAUCCUUCCCUUUCUUGACAUCAUUCAAGGUUUGCUCAUCAUGCACGGAGUGGCGCUUAUACCCAGCCUUCUUCAGCUUCUCUUGCGCCCACGUGCCAACGUCGAGAAGUACCGCCCUCUUCACAUAUUCUCAGACUCAGUAGCGAUUCUAGUUCAGCUCUCAGCAUUGUUUUUUGUACCUACACUGGAGACAAUCGUGGUUUCAUCCAUAAGGCUUUAG